GAAGGCUCGGUCAAAGAGAAAGGUUUUGAGACCGGCCUUGAACCUCUUGGAGCCCCUGGGGCUCAAGGAGCUCCAGGGGCUCAAGGGACUCCAGGGGCUACAGGAGCUCCAGGAGCUCCAGGGGCUCCAGGGGUUCCAGGAGCUCCAAGAGCUCCAGGGGGGCUCCAAGAGCACCAGAGGCUCCAAGGGCUCCAAGAGCUCCAGUGGCGCCAAGAGCUCCAGGGGCCCCCAGAGCUCCAGGGGCCCCCAGAGCUCCAGGGGCCCCCAGAACUCCAGGGGCCCCCAGGACUCCAGGGGCCCCAAGAGCUCCAGGGGCUCCAACAGCUCCAGUGGCUCCAAGAUCACCAGGGGCUCCAAGAUCUCCAGGGGCUCCAGGAUCUCCAGGGGCUCCAGGAGCUCCAGGGCUCCAAGAGCUCCAGUGGCUCCAAGAGCUCCAGAGGCUCCAAGUGCUCCAGGGGCUCCAAGAAAUCCAAGGGCUCCAAGAGUUCCAGGGGCUCCAGGAGCUCCAGGGGCUCCAGGGGUUCCAGGAGCUCCCAGAGCUCCAGGGGCUGCCAGAGCUCCAGGGAGCUCCAAGGGCUCCAGGAGCACCAGAGGCUCCAAGAGCUCCAGGGGCUCCAAGAGCUCCAGUGGCGCCAAGAGCUCCAGGGGCCCCCAGAGCUCCAGGGGCACCCAGAACUCCAGGGGCCCCAAGAGCUCCAGGGGCCCCAAGAGCUCCAGGGGCUCCAACAGCUCCAGUGGCUCCAAGAUCACCAGGGGCUCCAAGAUCUCCAGGGGCUCCAGGAUCUCCAGGAGCUCCAGGGACCCCAAGAGCUCCAGGGGCCCCAAGGGCUCCAGGUGCCCUAA